AUGGGAAAGGACGAUCAUCUCUACGGCCAAAGGCCGCCAAAGAAACAAAAGAAGGAGAUGGCAAUAUCAAGCUCCCUCGACUUCGCCUCCCAGCUCACCUCCCUCAUGAGCAAGCCCGGCGCCGGGUCCUCCUCCUCCGCCACGUCCACAGCACCGGCAGCUUCCUCGGUCGGGCGCGCCCGCCCGUCCAAGUCCAAGGACAUCUUCAGCGACAUCAAGAUCAAGCGCCGAGCCGGCGCCCGCGCCUCGCCAGCGACCGACGACAACGCAGACGCAGACGCAGACGCAGAUGCGAGCCGCCGGGACCCGCGCCGCAUCCGCCUCCGCAGCCCGGUCGGCACCGAGGACGACAAGGCCGAGCGCGCGCGCGCCCGGCGCAAGAUGGAGGAGAAGGCGCGGCUCUACGCCGCCAUGAAGCGCGGCGACUACGUCCCCUCGCGCGAGGGCGAGGCCGCGCCCCUCGUCGACUUCGACCGCAAGUGGGCCGAGCGGCACCCCGGCGGUAACAAGGACGGCGACGACGACGGCGGCCUCGUCUCGAGCUCCUCGGGCUCCGACGACGAGGACGAGGACGAGGACAACAACGACCGCGAGAUCAUCGAGUACACGGACGAGUUCGGGCGGGUGCGCACGGGCACGGCGGCGGACAAGCUGCGCAUGGAGCGCCGCCUGCAGCGCGGGGAGCAGUCCCUCGCCGACCUGGAGCGCAUGAGCGCGCGGCCCCGCGCGCCCGAGGCCCUCAUCUUCGGCGACGCCGUGCAGACGGGCGCCUUCGAGACGGCCGACGCCGCGAAGAUGGAGGAGCUGGCGGCCAAGCGCGACCGGAGCGCGACGCCGCCCCCCGCGACGCACUACGAGGCCGACAAGGAGAUACGGACCAAGGGCGUCGGGUUCUACGCCUUCAGCAAGGACGAGGAGCGGCGGCAGCAGGAGAUGAAGAACCUGGCCGAGGAGCGGGCGCGGACAGAGCAGGUGCGCAAGGAGAGGGAGGAGAAGCUCGAGGCAAGGCGGGCCGAGAUCGAGGCGCGACGACGAGAGAUUGAGGCUAGGAGAAAGGAGAAGGGCGAACGGCGGGCCAAGCAGAUGGCGGACAGUUUCCUAGACGGACUCCGAGAGGAUCUGUUGACCCCUAGGAAAGAGGACGAAGGCAACAAACGCAAGCAUGGUGCAGAGCUUUGA